GAAGAAGAAAGUGUGGAAUCAAGCAUGGAAACGCACAUGAGUAGUUGAAAUAUGUUAGAUUUUACUGUAAAUUACUGUCUUGUCUUAAAUCUACUCCAGCGACGUAAAUAAUCCAACAGUUCACGUUCUCAGCGGAGCGUUUAGGUAGCCUCGGUCACCAUGCCCGUCUUGUGCAGCAGCUGCGAGCAGAAACGAGCCGUGCUGAAGCGGCCCAAAACGGGCCAUUCCCUCUGCAAGGAGUGCUUCUUCUGGGCCUUCGAGGAGGAGGUGCACCAGACCAUUGUGUCGGCGCGGCUCUUCAGCCCUGGGGAGACGGUGGCCAUCGGGGCCUCAGGCGGAAAGGACUCCACCGUGCUGGCCCAUGUUCUGAAGGUGCUCAACGAGCGCUACAGCUACGGGCUGAAGCUCCUGCUGCUCUCCGUGGACGAGGGCAUCACCGGUUACCGCGACGACUCCCUGGAGACCGUGAAGAGGAACCAGCAGCAGUACGACCUGCCGCUGAAGAUCGUGUCCUAUGAGGAGCUGUACGGCUGGACCAUGGAUGCCAUUGUCAAGCAGGUCGGACUGAAGAACAACUGCACCUUCUGUGGGGUCUUCCGCAGGCAGGCGCUGGACAGGGGGGCCAUGAUGCUGAAGGUGGAUAAGAUCUGCACAGGUCACAACGCGGACGACGUGGCGGAGACGGUGCUGAUGAACGUACUGCGGGGCGACAUCGCCCGGCUGCGACGGUGCACAGCCAUCAGCACAGCCAGUGAGGGGGAGGGCGCGGUGCCCCGGUGCAAGCCCCUCAAGUACGCCUAUGAGAAGGAGAUCGUGCUCUACGCCUACUUUAAGAAGCUGGACUACUUCUCCACCGAGUGUGUCUACUCCCCCAACGCCUACCGCGGCCACGCCCGGGCCUUCCUAAAGGACCUGGAGGCGGUGCGGCCCAGCUCCAUCAUCGACGUCAUCCACUCCGGGGAGAACCUGUCAGUGCGGGAGGGCGUGCGCAUGCCGGUGCAGGGCAGCUGCGGCCGCUGCGGAUACAUCUCCAGCCAGGCGCUCUGCAAGUCGUGCGUGCUGCUGGAGGGGCUGAACCGCGGCCUACCGAAGCUGGGCAUCGGCAAACACCACCGGCUGCACGGCAAGAUCCUGGCCCAGGAACCCCUCACCCAGGAGGAGGAGCGCAAGCUCAAGGCUGUGGACUUCUGAUUGGACGAUAACAGAGUGACCUGAAACCUUCACAUUGCACACGGCCUUCCACAUUCAUAAUACUGGGAGAAAUUAAACUCCUCCCAUGAGAAGAACUUGCUCGCUGAUGGCUGACGUUUUGUUGAAUGACUUUUUGGAGAAUUCAGUAAAGAAGAGACAGUCAUUUCAAAGGGGAAGGAGUAGGAAUAAUCAAUACUUAUACCUCGGUUGACAAAGUCACUGUGCUCCAUAAGGUCAUUCUUCUGUCAGAAUUUUAGUUCGUAGAUAUAAAUAAGAUGUUUUGUGUAAGGGUGUGUUACAGGACUUUAGAAAAUCAAGACAAAUAGCAAUAUAUUGUUAAGCACAAAAGAAAUUUUGUCAAAUGCACCUUAAACAUGGAAUGCAUAUUUAUUCUGUAAAACACACAUUGAACACACAUUAAGAUGUCAUUAAAACAACUCACAUUUCACAUUCUGUGCUCGUGCUAGAAUUGCCACUGCCUUAGCCAGCUGUUACUGUCAUUAGCAGUUAACGUGCUGCACUGAAGUUUUCUCAUUUUCUGCUUGGUUUGAAGUUGUUUCUAAUUGUCAGCUGCGCUAACCUCAGCAAACCUGCCACUUUGCAUUUCACAUCUCCUGAUGCUGUACUCUUCAUGAUCUGCAUUGUAGAAUCUGGAGAAAUUAAUGCCCAUGUCAUCUUUUACCCAGGGAAUGCCACUUGAAGUCUCAUUAGAUGGCUGUUUAUAUGUUGUCUUUACUCUAAUUACUAAUAUUCA